AUACACAAACUUAGAUGUUUACAAUCAUGUAUGGGAUGUGUUUUCUUUUUGGAAUACUUCUAGUUUCCAAUGCCUUUGCAAGGAACCAGUGUACAAAUGGCACCAAAGUCGGUAAGACAGCUGGGGAUAGGACAGAUAGCAUUUCUAUUGGGACAACAUUUCUCCUAAAUAGCAAGGACAAUGAAUAUCGUAUGAAUUGCAGUGGGUUUUUAAUUGAAUGGGAUAUAAGGAUUGCAAGUACGGGUGUUUUGUAUGCGGAGGUGUGGCGACAGGUAACAGGAAUCUGGACUCUUAUUGGUGUUAAUAAAAUUAAUGUCCCGGCCGGAGAUGUUGGAAUUUUGAAAAACGAGGUUGUCCCCCUGGCAGAUCAAAUAGCUGUGGAAAGUGGAGAUUAUCUUGCAUUCAAGUCAUCAGGAAAUACCAUAGUGGAGUUCAUCAGAACUAAUAACGGUGUGGGUAGCAGCAAUGACCAGAUACAGUUUUCUACUACAGCGGCACACACAGUAUCUUCAACUUCUAAUUUUACAGCAUACACAACAGAACCAAACAUAGAAUUUGGAAUCAGAGCAACCCUUGCUCCUGCUUGUAGUGUGGGAUUAUAUGGAGAAAACUGUGCACUGAAUUGUAACGAGCACUGUAUCGGCUGUAACAGAAUAAAUGGAAUUUGUGAUAAUGGAUGUAUUCCUGGUUGGAAGGGGGAAUUCUGUGAUGAAGAAUGUAAACGUGGAUUUUAUGGAAAGGAUUGCAACUUGCAAUGUGGCAAUUGUCAUGAGUCAGCGCAAUGCCAUCUUGAGAACGGUUCGUGCUUGAAUGGGUGUUCUGCUGGUUAUAAGGGUUUACUAUGUAACAAAGUCUGUUCCUUUGGGUUGUAUGGGGCUAACUGUGAACAAGAGUGUAGCCUUUUUUGUAAGAAAUCACUUGUUUGUCAUCAUGUUUCCGGUAUCUGCCUUGGAGGUUGUAAAACAGGCUGGAAAGGACACAGAUGUUGGAAAGAUACAGACGAAGAACAAAUCGUGGAUGUUAUUGAGGACCUGAGGAUACAAUUCUAUUGUGUUCUUGGUAUAUGCUGUUUUCUAGUUAUUCUCCUAGGCGUGUUUACACUAUACAUCAAAUUUAAACGGAAUACUGGGAUAAAAGAGAAAUCCAGGAUUCAUCUUAGUGGUUCCACUUUACAAGAAAAAGAGGAAGGAACAACUUGCAUAUCAGUGGUUGAUGAUGGAAAGAAAUUUGGCACUGAGUAUCAGGAAAUUGGGGAUCUGAGCCCGCCUUCGAACUACGACUUGCCAACUUAAAUCUUGACAUGAAGCACAGUAAACUCAUCACUUAUUUCAUUCCUAGAUUAAGAUGUUUUAAA